CUGGGAUCAUUAAUUUUAAUAUUUUACUUAAAUGCACAAAAGACGAUUUUGUUAAAGCAGCAAUUUGAGACGAAAUAAGUUUGUUAUUAAAAUUUCCACCGCUGUGUCCCGUACCGGGAGGGCGUCGCGACGCCCUACCACGACAUCAAACCACCACCACCAGCACCGCAAGAAGGGCCCGAAACCGUCAGCAUCGCUCGUCAGCUUCAUUCGCGCUCACGCGUCCGUUCUAAUAGCAGUUCGUCGUUUGUCGGGGGGUAACGCGCGCGCCUUCAGCACUUUUCGAAAAACACGCGGGAAUCGACGAAUAUACCGCGGAUGAUGUGAUGCCUAUGUUGUCCGUGUUGUUGUUGUUGUUAUUGUAGGUGGUGUUGUUGAUAUUGUGACAGGCGUGACGUAUGUGGGACAGGCACAAAAUGCGGGAUAAUGGAUUGGCAGUGGUUGUUCUCGUUUGGGCCGCUGUCGCACCCGGAUUAGCAAUUGUCAACAGCGGCGUGAGUUCGACGUUCGGUGGAAGCCACAUACCGGCCGUCACUCCCAGAUUUAUUUCCCGGGGCAACGUAUUCAAAGUGGUGACGGGCGAUACGGUCGAACUGCCCUGCGAAAUACAGAAUUUAGGUCCGUUCGUGAUAGUGUGGAAAAGGGGGACGACGUUGUUGAGCGCGGGCCAGCAGAAAAUCUCGAUGGAUCCCCGGAUAUCGUUAACGGGCGGCUUCAAUUUGCAACUGAAGGACAUCCGCCACUCGGACCAGGGCGAUUACACGUGCCAAAUAGGUGACGGAUCGCAGGGAGACCUCAUCCACACCAUCGAGAUACUCAUGCCGCCUAGCAUCCAAAUAAUGCCACAAAAUGGCCAGGUGGUGACCAGAAAGGGCGGACCGGUCUCCUUCGAAUGCAAAGCCAACGGUAAUCCUUCACCUGUAGUUCAAUGGUCUAAAAAGGAGGGACUGCUGCCUUCUGGAUUGCAAGUUCAAACUGGAUACUUAUUGUCGGUGAACGAGGUCCAAAGGCAGGAUGGUGGCAUUUAUACGUGUACCGCUUCAAACGGUAUCGGACAACCUGUUACUGCUGACAUCCGAUUGCAUGUUUUGUAUCCUCCAGAAGUUAGUGUGCUGCGAUCAUGGGUAAAUUCUGGUGAAGGAUUAGAGGCUAAACUGGAUUGCAUAGUGCAUGCUGACCCGCCUCCAGAGGUAACUUGGUAUCAAGACUCAUUUCUACUGCAACCCACUGACCGAAGAAUUAUGUCAAAAAGUGGAAACACAUUUUCCUUAACCAUUCGAGAUGUUCAAUUAUCGGAUUAUGGAAACUACAGCUGUGUCGUGCAAAAUUCAAUUGGACGGGAUAAGCGAUACAUCGAAUUAUCAGGUAAACCAGGACCAGCACGAGUUACUAGUCCCCAGUAUUCGAAUCCACAUGACUAUGACUUGAGUUGGAUUGUCCAAUCAGUGUUUCCCAUAUUGGAAGUUAGGAUUUUGUACAGGAGAAUGAUGAUUAACAGCUCUUAUCAUCAUCCAGGCCAGUGGCAUGAUCUUUUGGUGAAACCACCGCAGAGUUACAAUUCAGCUACGGGAGAACGAAGCCAGACCUAUCGAUUGUCGAACCUUGUUGCGGAUUCGGUUUAUGAAUGUCUAAUACAGACUAGAAACCAUCAUGGUUUUGGCGAACUAUCCGAUCUUCAUCAGUGGUUCUCAUCACCUAGAGGAAGUCCUUUGCUCAGAAAUGGAUAUGGAAGAAUGGACCACUCAGUAGUUCUAAUUUAUUUAUUUGUCUGUGUGUUGUCGUUUUUUGGUUUGUAAAUAAUAAUUCUAUUGUAAUAAUGAAAUGUUAAAUCAAAAAUAUAUCAAAGGUUUAUA